GUGAAUAAAAGGUCACCCAAUCUGUCCAUUUGGACCUUAACUUUUAGAGUUUUUUUGAUUCCUUCCCUUUUCAUAUCAAUUCUUUUCCUUCAAUACGAAUUUCUAUCUUCCUAUCCUCAACAUCAACUGUAUUCGAUAGGUUCGAAGAGAAAGAUCAAUUCGAAACAAAGGAUUCCCUCCAGAGAUCCUUUUUCUCAUAUUACACUCAUUUCUGACAAUCAGAAACCAUGUCUUUCAAUUCCGAUAAACGAAAUGGAAGUCGUGCUAGUUCCUAUACUUUUUCUCCAAAAAUAUCCCAAAUAGCUGAAGCUCCUUCUCCGGUUCUUCCACCAAAUAUCCAUCCUACAACUUUUUGUGCCAUUGGUCCUAAUGCCUGCGAUCUCGAUAUUCUCUCCCGUCUCCACGCUCAAACUGUCAGAGCCAUGGGACGCGAUAUUUCCCGCGAAGAAUUCUAUCUCCGUAUGGAAGGACGUCCUGCCAGAAGUCUUGCUCCCCUUUCUCCAAGCCCAAACAUCAAUCCAUUUUCAUCUUCCAAUACCAAAAUCAAUCCUGAAUACCAAACAUCUGGAAAAUGUCGAAUGGAAAGUGGCACAAUUGGAUCUGGCACAACCGUAUCUGGCACAACUGAAUCCAGAACUAACAAUCUGAGGAGUGGUAUUAGUGCAAUGGAAGCAAUAGAGCCAGAUCAGAAGUUCAGAGAAUUUGUAGCGAGAUGCGUGGGAAUAACACCGCGGGCUUUAUUUAUGGGAGUUGGGGCAACAGAGAGGGCAGAUAGAAAGGUUGGGAGAGGACCAGGUUUGACGGCCAAGGAAGAAGAAGAAAAAGGGGUUUACGAGAAAGUUGAUUGGGGGGAUGGGAUUCCUGAGUUUGAUGCGUGGGUCGAUAUGGUAUGCAAAGAGGUCCUAGCUAUGAGAAGAAGACUCGAUGCUUCAAGAGGUUUGAUUUAAAAUCGGAGAACAAAUCAGUUGUUCUAUUGGCGCACUGCUAAUGGUACAAACUGUCUCAUAUCCGUUACAUCAGCUGCAUUGAAGGCGACGGGUAUUUGGAAGUAAAAUAUCAGUUGUUAUUAUCGCUCGAUCCAUCGACUCUGCUUAUUUAUACUAGCAGUAAUGUUGAGGUGGGA